CAAGAUUCACAACAGAGCCGAAAGACGUGGCGCUAAUCUGCAUAUUUAUAUAAUAAAACCGGUCAUGUUAGCAUGAUUAAGAUUUUUGUUUCCACAAUACGGGUUUUAGUUUGCAUUCAAACUUUAUUUUGAGAGGUCAGCGUUUGUGCAUCCGGCAAAUAUGGCUAGCUUGUUAAGUGGGGGCUGCUGUUUUCUGUUGAACGUGACGAGAUUCCAGCACAAACCCGAGAUUACCGCCGCUGGUGGGAUGUCUGGCUGAAACACCGGAAAACCGACUCUAGGGAAAGACCACUGACACUUGUAAUUGUUUUUAUUAUAAAUACCGGGUCUUGAGUAGCUAAGGUUUGAGCUAACGUUAGCUUCACGGUAACGGUUUAACGGUCCGUCAACCAUGUCGGAGGAGGUGAGUCUGUACGACCUGCUGAACCUAUCCAUCGGGACCCCCCAGAAGUCCUCCGUGAACUUCGGCGCCCUCCACUCGCUGCUCCUCGCCAUGCUGAAACAGCUGAAUCUCCGGGAGGUGAAGACCCGGUGGAGGGACUCCUCUCCGGGUUAUUGGAGCCCCGAUCUCACGGCGGCAGAGAAGGAGGUUCAGGUGGAGGUUCAGCCGGACACAGACUUCCAGAAUCGGGCAGCGACUCCCUCAUGCCCGGGCCCGGUCCCCGACCAGCUGAACCUCCUUUCCCGCAUCCAGACAUGUGAGGACGGCCUCUCUAAGUCGACGAGGCUGAUCCUGGACCUGAACGAGCAGAACGAGCGUCUGAAGGAGCAGAUGGAGGAGCUCCGGCAGCAACACGAGAUGGUCGGUGACGCUUUGGGGACGGCCGCUCGGGUGGAGAGCUGCUGCCACCGUGUGGACGCUCUGGAGGAAACUGUGAAAUCUCUGAGGGACGCAGUUCUGCCCGGCAACAGAGAGGGCGAGACAGAAAAAUUCCAGAAGGAGCCUGGAGAUUCAGGGGUCGAUAAUCAGCUCGUGGCAGCCAAACAAACUUCCUCGCCUUCCGGCAGUGACCUCACCGAACCUCCUCAAAGCAGCACACCUCCCUCCUCCCACCCCGACAAGGUCACCGUUGGACCAGCAGCUCCAAGUUCUCCAAAUAAAUCCGAGUGCUCUUCGGUCCAGUCAGGGCCGCCUCCACAGGCUGGUGUUAAAGCAGACUCUGCUGGUAAACCUCCAGCUUCAGAUUCCAACAGCUCCACACCAUCCACAGAGGCAGUGGAGGCCCUGAGGAGUGUGAGCCAGCUGCAGGAGAGGCUCGUCCAGGUGGAAGCUCACGUAGCGGUGUUAGAGAAAGGAAAGGCAGACCAGAGUCAGCUGGCUCAGCUCAGAGAGCUCAUCGCCACCAAAGGUUCCCAUGGAGACGCGUUCAGUAACCUGAUGGAUCAGCUAAAUGAGCAGAGAGGUUUGAUAGACCGCCUGAUGAGCGACCGAGGAAAGAACGUGGAGCUGGUGAACGGCGUGCAGCAGGCGAUGCUGCAGCUUCAGGCCGACUGUAAGAAGCUAAACGAGACGAUGAGAUCGAUGCACGAAGACAGCAAACGCAAGCAGAGACACAUCGAGGAGCUCUACAAGACGACGGAGGAGCUGGAGGUGAACAAGGCCGACAAGCAGAUGGUCGAGAGUGAAAUCAGAGCAGACAAAUCGGCCCUGGAGGGGAAAGUGAGCCGGCUGCAGCUCGACUCGGUGACGGAGCAGCUGAGCGGGAUGUUCCACGAGCUGCUGAACAAGGUGACGAGUCAGGAGCAGGACUGGCACAAACUCAUGGGCAAGCUCUCCACCGAGAUGGAGUGUAAGCUGAACCGGAUCGAGCUGGACUCUGUGAAGAAGCAGCUGGAGGAUCGCUGGAGGAGCAUCCACGAGAAGCUGCAGGCUCAGGCGGCGCCGGAGUACGAGGACGCCGCCGGGAUCAGGAAACAGCUCGUGGAGAGAUUCCACUGCCUCUCCUGCGACCGGCCCAUCGUGAAGCACACGCCCGGACCGCAUCUGGUGACGCUGCCCUCGUUUCCCGCAUUCCCCUCGCACAAGUCCAUCCGGCCGUUCACCGUUUACACCAUGGAGCAGUUACGCCAGCACUACCGGAGCCAGCAGCCAGGCACCAACCGCUGCAGGUACGAGGCAGCUAAGGCGUGCAGGAGCAGGGAGCGGCUUCAGAGGAGCCGCGUCACCGCGUGCAGGCAGAUAGAGAGCGUAGAGAUGCAGGGACGGCCGCAGCACGGCGAUGGCACGAACACAGCGCAAGGCCAGCACGAGCGCAUAUCUGAGCUGACGGAUUACGGUCACCUGGCUGCGGCGCGGAGCUGCGGCGGGAGUCACCACACCAACGCUGCGGGCAGCCAGCGCCGUGGCGGCCCGCAGUACACAAAACUCCACGGUGAGGUGGACGGUGCGAUGCAGUCGGAGGAGGUGGAUAUCGUUGGACUGGACGGGCGCAUUUACAAAGGGCGCCUGAACGUCCCGGCCUGCAGGAACUCCGAAACUAAACUGCCAACGAUCCCCACCAGAGACGGCGUGUAUAAGAGUAAGGACAAAGCCAAGCCUGCUGCCUCUCCGGAGGUGGGACCCAGCACUCCUCUUCAUCCGCCCUGCAGUCCCAGGAGCGCAGCGUGCAGCCGCUCGGCAUCCAGCUGCUCCGGUCGUGAUUGGCCCGUCUCGGCUCUGGGCUGUGCGUCUCAGAGCUCCAUCGCUCAGGGUUCAGCUGCGGCUGACAGCACCGCAGAGCCUCCAAGCAACGAGCCCCUCAACCUGUAGGGGGCAGCGUCUGCCUCCAUGUUGUGUUUAGUUUGCGAGUGCAGACAGAGGUUCGGGUAACCUCCUCCUGCUUAUCGUCCAGACUACACAUCCCAGAACCCCCCGUGAUGUGGCUCUGUACUUAUUUUUUCACUUUGAAUAUUGUUGUUAACAGAUAAUAAACUUUAGUGUGAAUUUAAUCACUUUUUAGAACAUCAGAUAUUAAACAUCAAACAGAUGUUAUUUAUCAUAAGUGAGCCACGUUUAACGUUUUAUCUUAAAGGAUCCUUUUGAUGUAAUUCACAGUAAAACGUCACCGAGUCUGUCUGAA